AUGACUGAGGAGAUUGAUUGGUCCCGCCCAUUCCAAAAAGGCGAUAUGAAAUAUAAGCUUUUGGAAGAGUCUUCAUUUAAAGUUUUGUUCCCCCACUAUCGUGAGAAAUAUCUUACAGAUAACUGGAAAAAGAUUCAAGAUAAAAUGGAUUCUUACGGCAUAAAUAUUGAAGUAGAUUAUAAAAAUGGCAAUAUCUCUCUUAAGACAACAGAUAAAACAUGGGAUCCUGUUGCAAUUCUCAACGCAAGAGAUGCAAUAAAAUUAGUUGCCCGUUCUGUUCCAAUUGAACAAGCCUUUCGCGUAUUUGAAGAAGGUACUGAGUCUAAUAUCAUCAUUAUUGGUAAGCAUAUCCGCAACCAAGAAAGAUUUAAUAAGCGUCGUCAAAGAUUACUUGGUCCUGGUGGCAGCACACUCAAGGCUCUUGAAUUGCUUACACAAUGCUACAUUCUCGUUCAAGGACAUACUGUUUCUAUCAUUGGAAACAUUCGUGGAAUUAAUGAUGCAUCAAAAGUCGUAGUUGACUGCAUGAAUAACAUCCAUCCAGUUUACCACAUCAAGAGAUUGAUGGUCAAGCGUGAUUUAAUGAAGAAUCCUGCCAUGGCAAACGAAGAUUGGGAUAGAUAUCUUCCAAAAGUUGUCAAAGCUACAAAACAUACAGAGAAAAAGAAGAAAGUUCACAACGAGAGAAACAGAGGACUUCCUGAUUAUCCUCAAGACACAGAAGUUGAUAAACAGAUCGAAAGUGGUGAAUACUUCCUUAAGAAGAAGAAUUCCAACAAGAAGAAAGCAAAGAAUAUCGCAGAAAAGGCUACACAAGAGGCAAAGGAAGAAGCAAAGAUGCCUGCUAAAGAAAUCAAAAUCAGAACUGUUUCAGAAGCAGCUGCUGAAGAAAAAUAA